AGGAUUGUGCACUACAGCUCUGUAGCUGUGGUUGAUAUACCUACGUCAAAUUGUGUCAAGAGUCAAGAUAUUUUCAAAUAGUGUUAACAUCCAGAGAGGAAAAUGAGGAUCACGUUUGAAUGGAAAGGGGGUUUCGGGGCAGACGUCUUUCGUCUUUAAAUGUCACAAUUUAAGUUUGAAUUGGCCUCGAUGAGAGUUACCAACGCAGGCAUCGGUUGCGCAGUGCAGGCCGUCUGCCCUUCCGUUGCCCUCCGCUGCGUCUAGUCUAGACGUACGCCCUAUUGCCCCUUUGUGAGGGCCGCAUCGUACUGUAUAAAAUUAUUCGAGGUUGCUUAACGGACUUAUUACAAAGGUCUCGAAAACUUAAGUAGGUCUCAAGCAAGGCGGUCGCAUAACAAUGGAUGAAAGGGACAAACCUAGGACAACGUAAAUUGGAAAUCCACUAGCGUCUUGCUUAAGAUAACGCACUAUUAUUAGGCUCUUCGUUCAAAUUAGUUUCUAAAUUGAGACAUGAAUGAAUCGUUUUCAUUUAAUUAGCAAAAACCUUUUAGGCGCGUUUUGUUUUGAGCGAAAACAGUUUGCGUUUCAAAACACGUGACCGUCUUCCAUUCAGGAUUAGGUAUUUUUAAUUUCUUAUGCUCUGAAAUUGGGUCACUAUUGUUCUAUUAAGUGUGCAGAAAAUUUCCUAUACGUUUCGGCACUGGAGCAUUUGACAUUCAAAGUACGUUUUUUUUUGUUUUUUUUUUAUGAUAAGCAAUUGGGAGAAUCAACGUUUUUAGCGUCACUCGUUGCCAUGGUUACGAUUAGUUGUCCAGGGGACAAAAGUUCAUUGAAAUACUAAUUUUAUGGUACUUAAAUGUAUCAAACUUGCGUUUUUGUGGUCGUUAUAACCAAUGUCCAUAAUGGGCCCCCUACUAAGCAUGUUAAUAGAACGGCAUACAACGUCUCUUCAAACAAACUAUGCCACUGUUGUCCCUUGGACAACGGGACAGGAUAACAAAACAAAAAAAGUUGAUUCACCCAAUUACAAUUUGGUUGUAAAUGGAUUUGUUGGACAAUUUCCAUUCUAACAUUUAACUCCCCUUUUAUAUAAAUAACGAAUAAUUGAAAGUACCCUGAUGAAGUAAUGUAUGUUUAUACUUAGUCAUGUUUUUUUAAAACACAUGUAUUUUUUACUUUCGUCGUAUUCGAAAUGAAAAUUAAAGUGUUUAAUUCUGUUGAAAGACACCAAUUCAGUCUCGGACUAUUCAAACUACCUCGACAGAAAUUAGUGCCUUUCAUACCUUGGUUAACGAUCUACUUUAGCGGCAGACAAGAACAAGGUACCUAUCUACAGCAACAUUUAAAAUACAAUAGGUAGCAUUGCAUAUGCAUAUGGCUUCGAUCAUGCCUUAGAAAUCCAAAUUGAGGCAAACUUCAAUGCAAACACAGAGUUGGUAUCAAGUUCUCAGACUUAGGGUAACAAUUAAAAAAAACGAACAUGCCAUUUUGCAGAAGUCUGCAAAAUGCUCUAACUUAAUACACACUUCCUGUUAACUACCUACCGCUUGAUCGAUUGCAAGCACUAAGCAACAGAGGGUCUGCCGUGAAAAACAAAACUUCGUUAUCUUGCGCUCGAAUAUGCAAGAGUAAUAGAGAGGAGAGUACCAAGAUUUCAAUUUUCGAUUUUCGCGGUAGGCCCUCUGAUACCCUCUGCAAACGAUUCAACGUCAGCGGAGAUAAAUGUUAGUGUAAAAGUUUAGCAGCAAAUAAAUGGAUAAUUCCGCACCUGCGCCCGGCCGCCGCGAGCCUUCUAUAGAUCCAGUGAAAGCGCAGGGAAUCCUUUCAUCUUUAACACGCAAGGAGAGACAUGCAGCGCGACAAUGGAAGCAGAAAUGGUCGUUCUACACCCAGCUCCGGGAAAUGCAAGAGGAAGAAGCGCUUAAAUUAGGUAUGUCAAUGGAGGAAUAUCGCGCGGGAGUUCGAUCGAUGAACUGCCAGGCUGAGCCGCAACAGUAUCCUGUGCAGGUGGACCCGUCACCGGCCCCCUUGCCUCCAACUUCCUCAGGGAUGGUGGGCCGGCGCGCGCAGUGCCCGCUGGAGCGCUACGGGCGCCUGGUGCGCACGGCGCGCGACUACCCCACGCGGCCGCCGCUGCCGCCCGGCCAGAUCUACGACCCGUACAAGCAGACCAUCAUAUUCCUGGGGAUCGACGUAGGGGACCCGAUAUCGUACAAGCUGCCCGCGGCGCGCUGCGAGGUGACGGACGAGCUGUGGGCGCGCCCGCGGACUGUCUGUGUGGACCCGCUCGCCGACUGCUUAGCCAAACUGUAGGACCUCUAUAGGUCUGUGCUUUUGCACAGGUUAUCUGCAUCGCAAUUUCUUGCGCGAGAAAAUAGUAUCUACAGCUAGUCGUACUCCUGACAAUGCUUAGAAACCGGGCGUUGCAUUGGAUAAAUGGUGUGUUUUACAUGUCGAUUUUAUUCUGUUAUAUAUGUAAAAAUCAUUUGAGAACCACAGAUGUUAUUUUCUACUAACAAUAAGAUAUAGUAGUGUGCCCUUUAUUCAAUGAAAUGAAAAUAUUUAUUUGGGUAACAAAUAAAAUACAAUUAUAAUAUAAUGGCUGGAAUUUCCUAGUAGAUUUACAAUAGCUGCUUCCGAAAUAAACUAGGUACAUAUUUGCAAAUUGUAUUUCAUAUCAUAGUACAUAAUGACAAUUUAAUGAAUAUUUAUUUAUUGAUAUGAAUGUCCAUGUCAGUUUAAGUUUUCCUUUUACGCCUCAAUAAUGCAAAAACUCUAAAGCACUUGAUCCGUUUAAAGGGAAUUGAGUUAAAUAGUGAAAUAGGGGUCAAAUGGCAAUGAACCGAUAGUAAUAAAAAAUACAUUAGA